CAGUCAUGUAAGAUACCCACUCUCAUCCUCAGGAUCGACGACCAAUCAGAGGACCAUCUCGUAGUCUUGUGGCUCAGGACGACACAGUCCAAAGGAGGCAGAGGCAGGUUGAGGGAGUCAGCCAGCUAUGUCGACCAGCGACACAAGUGCCUCGAGCUCAAUCUCGACGCUCCUAUCGUCUCCCUCGGCACGAACGGGCGCUCUAGCCCUCCUGGGAAGCGCUGCCCUGGUUCUCUCCUUUCGUUCUUUGUCCCGAAACGACGGGAAAGGAAGCAGCAAUAGACGAGGUCGCGAGGAUGAGCAAGACGCCGAGCAGGAGGAGCGGCGAACCAAGCGAGAUGAGGCUAUGCCUGCGUUGCGGCAGAGAUCCAGCAGUGCCAUGUCCGAAAUGGGCUCGGGGAAGAAUUCGGUGGCCAUCUUCUGGGACGUCGACAACUGCACACCGCCCACUGGCUCAUCGGGAUACACCGUCGCUCAAGCCAUCAGAAGAGCUGCCCAAUCAACGACGCAGGGCAAGUCGACGAGCUCCAUCGUCAGCUUCAAGGCCUACCUCGAGCUCUCGACCGAAGGAGCAAUGACACCGGCUGCUCAAGUCAACCUCCGAAGCGAGCUGCAGGGCAGUGGCGUCAGCCUCAUAGAUACGCCCAAGUCUGGAAGAAAGGACGUUGCGGACAAGAUGAUGAUUACCGACCUGCUCUCCUUUGCCAUUGACAAGCGUCCUCCUGCCCUGAUCGUGCUCCUCUCCGGCGACCGCGACUUUGCCUAUCCGCUGGGCGUCCUUCGCAACCGCGGCUACGAGGUCCUACUCAUCACGCCGCCCGUCGGUGCCGCGCCUAUCCUCGAAGCAAGCGCAAACCACGUGAUGCGAUGGAGGCAGGACGUCCUCGGCGUCGACAGAGAUGGACAAGGUAGAUUGUAUGACCGACCCAAGACCAGUAAAGGGGUGCGAGUAGACGGUCCAGAGGCGAGCAUCGCCUCGCCCUCCAAGGGGCCAAAGCCCAUCCAACAGCCAUCCCAGUCACAAUCGCAAGUGCCGCAGAAGAGUGCCCCCGCCUCAGUCCUCAAAGGCCCAGGCGCGCCUCCAUCGGUUCCCGAGGUCUUCCAGCCUCUGGUCACGCUACUGGAGAAGCUCAGAAAGCAGGGUAACCCCAGGCCGUUGCGCUCAGCGUGUGCUCCACUACUUCUCAAGACCGACAAGACCGUCUACGAGCGAGCAGGAGCCAAUCGCUGGGCAGACUACGUAGCCGUGGCAGAGGCCGCGGGAAUCGUGGUUCUUGGAGACAAUCGGGUGCCAGGAUCGGAAUGGAUUGCACUGAGGAGCAUUGACGAUUCAAAGACCGUAUCCAAAAAGCCAAACAUCAGCAACAUCACGACUGCUGCUCCGCCAACCGUCACCAGCAGUGCCGCACCCACCUCAUCAACGCCGUCUUCGCAGACGCAUCUCGCCGACGUGAACUUGCAAAUCUUCUUUCCUCUCAUCGAAGUGUGCAAGGCCCUUAGAGGUAGUAGCACUAAUGGCGGCUUUCCCAUCGCCUCGCAGGUCGCCGCGCAGCUUGAAGGUCUACACUCUUCUCGAACCAAGGAACUUGGUAUCGAGCAGGGCGUGUACUGGCAGGCCAAAGUGAAGAACUUUGCCCAGUACCUCGAUCUCGCCGAAAGGGCGGGUGUGGCUCGUCUCCGGGACUACACUGCCCCGGGUGGCGGGCCCACCCAACAGACCGUGCAGAUCCAUCCAAAAUCGGAACGGCUUUACACAAGCACCAUCGUAUCGCCAGCCACGCCUGGCGUCGGUAAUGGCAGCAGCAAUAGCAACAUCAAAGAAAACGACAAGCCGUCCACUUCAACGAAAGCGGAAGGGGCUUUCUUGUACGCUCACCAACCAUCGGGCGAACGCAUUAACGUCGACUACUUUCCGUUGGCCAAUUUGCUGAUCUCGCAGCGCCGAGAGGGCAAGUUGACGUCGACGGAAGGCUUUGUCGGAGGGAUCAUGGCGAAGAACUUUAGGUCUUCGCAAUUUUGCAACACCAAAGAGGCGUUCGCGAAGUAUUUGGCCAGGGCGCAGAAGGACGACAUUGUGCAGGUCGUCGAGGGACCCCUUGGCCAGCGCCUUGUUAUUUUGAGCGAGUGGCUGCGGGAUCCGGCUGAGAAGAGCAGCACGAAUGGUUCGGCGCCUGCAAUGACUCGAUCGACGUCUUCUUCCAAGGACGACCUGACAAACGGCAAGAAGAGCAGCUCACGGGAUCCCGCGGCUGCUGCGGCUGCAGGAACGAGUACAAAGGAAGGAGAAGCAGGCCAGGAUGAUGAGUCGAAUUGGGUCGACGAAGACUCUGGCAACAGCACCGACAGCAUGGUUCAGGCGCAGGAUGAACAAGAAACAAAGUCGGUCGAAGAGAAUGAUGCAGAGCCCAUGGAAGAGGGUGUCACUAGCCCACUGGCACCCUUGCCCUCAGUCGAGGUGAAGCCAGCCACAAAGGAGGACCGCGCUCGCUUCAAGCCUCUUGUCGAGACGCUCGUCCAUCUCCGAAGAGAGAUGAACGCGCAGGACCCGUCGAAGAAGCGCGUAGAGUGCAUUGCGCCCCUCCGAUCCCGCGUGAGCGCGGAAAUGGUCAGGCUCAACUCUCCGUCGUCGCAACAGCAACCCGGCGCGUGGUACCAGUCGUACGGCGUCGGCGGUUUCGAAGAGUAUGCGCAACAGGCCCAAGAAAAGGGCUUUGUUGUUUCGCUCGAUGGCACCAAGAAGCGCAUUAGGCUGAGUAGAAAGUACGAGAGCAUGUUCUUCUCCCACGAAAUCGAGGAAGCGGCGGAGGGCAAAGAGUAGCUGGCAGCCUCGAUAGAAGAACACACUAUCGAGAGGCUUGCCGUAAACAUGGAAGAAAAAGGGGGAGGUAACAAGAGGCACAUAGCCAAAAGGGCUCAACAAAAAAUGUCCCUAUUUCGCUAAGGAUAAUGUCCAUUUAUCAUUGUUGCCUCUUGUACAACACAGAGACAGAAAAUGCAAGAGAUUGUGGGCGUGUCUUCGCU